AGUGAGCCUGCUUUCUCGAUAGCAUUUUUAAUUCAACAAUCCUGUUUUUUCGCCUUUGUUGUGCGCACCCUCACCUUGAUUGGAGGUGCAAGUAGAUGAGGUUUUGCUGCUGUAGCCUUAGGUUCCCUCCUAGAAAGCACGAGCAGUUGGGCGCUAGCCAAGACAGCAGGCCACAGGAUUUGAUACUGUGGAACGCGCAGUCAACAAAAUGGAUGCCUCGCAAAUUGACACUGUGGCGCAGUACAAGAGGAUGAUUGAGCAUAGGCGGAAGAAGAUCGCUGAGGCAAAGAGGAACAGUGCGGAGGAGCUGAAAAAGUUUCACAUGCAGUAUCUUGAGAACGAGAUGACGGGACUGAUGCAGUUCCUUGUGGGCUCAGGUUUGAAAGAACCACAGACUUUGUUUGAAAAAGUCGUGGGUGAAGCGUCCGUGGGUGACGGCGAAUCGGGCCACCAAGAAAGCCAGGGGGAAGCUUCGCUCCUGCUGGCUGAGGGUCGCUCCAAGGCGCACGGUGGAUUACGGAAGGAUUUUCUGGGGAGGCCAAGCAGUCUGCACUUAGGGCUCUUCAUGGUGUCGCAGGAUGAGAUCUAGUUGAUUAGCUUGACGGCAUGUUUCAAAUAAAUCGUGUCAUAUCUGAGAUGUGGAUCUAUCCUGCAUUUUACAUUUCUCAUGGUGAAACCGAGCAACAUUGAGAAGGUUUGGAGAGGGGAACAGCAAGCGGAGGUAGCUGCAUCCUGCAUUUCUGCGCACGCGUGCAUAAGAUUGCUUGCUUUCACAGUGGUAUGCAGGCAACAGUACAUUUU